GUAAAGAUUCAAAACUAAUAAAGAAAACGGGCAGGAAAACCCCUAAGUACUGUUGUAUUUGUAAAGGAAUUUACAGAGGGAAGGUUAUUAAAAGGAGAAAAGUGUCAUUGCACCGUUUUCCUCAGAACAAACGUUUAAAACGUGUGUGGGUGCAGCGAUGUAAAACGGUCAUGAGAUCGUUCCAGUGGAAUGAACACAGACGAUUGUGUAGUGAGCAUUUUGUUGGUUUCAGAGGACCUUCUUCCCAGCAUACACUUCCAUCUAUGUUUCCAACUGAGACUGGUGCUACCAAAACAUUCCAGCCAACGCUCCUUGAUGAAGACGUAGGAGAUGAUGGUGAUGGUGAUACGGUCAAUGACGAUUUAGACCUAGAUCUGUCAAAUGAUGAUAUAAUACAGCCACAACUGUCAUUUGUAUCCCCCUCCGGACAUGCCAUUGAUACCUCGGUCCACCUGCAUGAUCACUGCAUCGGACCAGUACUACAGCCACAGAAUCAGUCCUUUAGAUGUUGUGACACACAGACCGCGAACAACUGUGCAGUGAUGGAAGUACAAACUGAAGAAAGUUUCCUGGGAAAAACAGCAGACUUCAGUUCACAAACAGAACAUUCUACUAGAGACCUUGGUGUAAAAUGUCAGCUACCUAUGCUCACAUAUGAUGACGUAAAAUACAAUUACGAUUUGGUCAGUUUUUACACCGGAAUCCCUAAUCGAGUUGUGUUUGAACUUUGUUUGAUGAAAUCAAGGAUGAAACUGAAGUGCGGACCUCAAGGCGGAAACUUAACUUAA